AUGUACUGUAGUGAAGUUACAUCACAGCCGCUGUUAACAGAGACGGAAGAUAUUGAAACUUUACUCACAACAUUACGUGAAAAGGCAAAUGCAGCGGCCGCAGCUGCUGGAGAUUGUGAAGAAGAAGAAAAAGAAAAACAACAACAACAACAACAACAGAGAGAACAUCCUUCCGUAUCUUUCUACCGUGGAUAUCGUUCAGUGAAGGUACAACUACCAAUACAAGAGAAUUCCCCAUUAGAAAAAGAAAACAUUUCUUCUUCUUCUUUUUGUUGUUUUCAUGUGAUUGGAUUACAUCAGGCGUUAUUACCCCCUUCUCAGGGAGGUGUGCAGUUCACAGAAGAAGAACGAUCCGCACAGUUGUCUAGUUCAGAUGGACUGGAACUCUUACGUGUGAAUUGGGAAUUACUCUUAUGGCUUCUCAUGCCAACUGUACGGAUUGAGUUUUUAUCCAUUGUAAAAGAAGAAAUGAAUCUUAACCGUAAAAAAGAGGAGAAAGUGAAUGUGAAAGGAGAUAAUGAUGAUGAUGAUGAUGUCUCUACACCCAUCUGCAGUUUACAAGAGUUACUAACACCAUUAAUGUGGAAGGAUUACACUCAACUUCGAGAACCUGGAAUGAUGGAUCGUGUACAUUACAGUUAUGUUGUAUUUAUUCGCUUUUAUGGCUGGCGUAUUCACAAUGAGGAAAGUGGAGUAUUAGACCGUCAUCAGAAUUGGAAAGAACGGUACAAGAUUCUUUUAGAAAAUUGUAAAGAGAAUAAUAAUAAACAAGAUGACAAUAUAUGUUGUGGAUUAAAGAAGUGUUGUUUUUAUAGUGCAUUAACUCAUAUUCUUCGUGUUUUGUUGGAUUUAUGUUUUACACGUUAUGCUAUUAAUCUAGUGGCGUUUAUGCUGGAGGAAAUGCGAAAAGGAAGAUUACUUAGACUUCAAUCUAGUCUUGAGAAGUGUUGGCUUCCUCAAGUGAUUGAAUGUAAACAAGUGCCGGUGUCGGAGAAGGAACGUUUACAACGUCAAUUGUACCGUCUGACACACAGCGAUUCAGACUAA